CACUCUUGGAUAUUAAGCUUUGCAUCCUACGAGAAUGACACCUCCAAGUCUGCAGGUGUUGAUUGGAGUGUUUCUUUGCUCUUGCUGUGUAAAAGGAUCUUUGCAGCCUCAGCCGAGAGUGUUCUUGACAUUCAAUGAACUACAGGAAACCAAAACAUCCCAAUUUUACUCUCUUUCCCAUCAGCCCUUAGACUACAGGAUAUUAGUGAUGGAUGAAGAUCAAGAUCGGAUCUACGUUGGCAGCAAAGAUCACAUUUUGUCGUUGAAUAUCAAUAACAUAAGCCAGGAGCCACUGAGCAUUUUCUGGCCAGCAUCAACAGCCAAGGUGGACGAGUGCAAAAUGGCUGGCAAAGAUCCCACACAUGGAUGUGGCAAUUUUGUUCGGGUGAUACAGAUGUUCAACCGCACCCAUCUGUACGUUUGUGGGAGUGGAGCGUUCAGCCCUGUCUGUGCCUACUUCAACAGAGGACGAAGAUCUGAAGAGCAAGUUUUCAAGAUCGACUCCAAAGGUGAAUCGGGGAAGGGACGCUGCUCUUUCAACCCCAGUGCAAACACGGUCUCUGUUAUGAUCAACCAAGAACUAUUUUCGGCCAUGUAUAUUGAUUUCAUGGGCACCGACGCGGCCAUUUUUCGCAGCUUAACCAGACGGAAUGCAGUGAGGACCGAUCAACACAACUCGAAAUGGCUAAGUGAGCCCACCUUUGUGGAUGCUCAUCUCAUCCCAGAUGGCACCGACCCCAACGAUGCGAAAGUGUACUUCUUCUUCAAGGAGAAGCUGAUGGACAACAGUGGCACCACCAAACAGAUCCACUCCAUGAUUGCCAGAAUAUGUCCCGUAAGCAAAGAUGUCCAUAUGCCGCUAAGGACCAACUCUUGUAUCUCUACAGAGGAUGUUUUUCUACUGGAAACAGACAACCCGAGAACAACACUGAUAUAUGGCAUUUUCACCACUUCCAGUUCAGUAUUUAAAGGCUCAGCAGUCUGCGUCUAUCACUUAUCCGACAUUCAGCGAGUUUUCAAUGGACCAUUUGCCCACAAGGAAGGACCAAACCAUCAGCUGAUUCCCUAUCAAGGAAGGAUCCCUUAUCCGCGACCAGGGACUUGUCCUGGAGGAGCCUUCACGCCCAACAUUCGGACGACCAAGGAGUUUCCAGAUGAUGUGGUCACCUUCAUCCGGAACCAUCCCUUGAUGUUUAAUUCCAUCUACCCGAUUCACAAGAGGCCGUUGAUUAUUCGGACGGGCACGGACUACAAGUACACAAAGAUAGCGGUUGACCGGGUCAGUGCUGCAGAUGGAAGAUACCAUGUUUUGUUUCUUGGAACAGACCAGGGGACGGUGCAGAUAGUGGCACUGCCCACUAACUCGUCGACAAAUGGAGAGCUGAUCUUAGAAGAACUGGAAGUUUUUAAGAAUAAUGCCCCGAUAACAACAAUGGCCAUUUCAUCUAAAAAGCAACAGUUGUACGUCAGCUCCGAUGAAGGCAUCACCCAGGUCUCCUUGCACCGUUGCCACAUCUACGGGACCGCCUGUGCCGACUGCUGCCUGGCCCGAGACCCUUAUUGUGCCUGGGAUGGCAACUCCUGCUCCAGGUUCUACCCAACGGGCAAAAGGCGGAGUCGAAGGCAAGACGUGAGACAUGGAAACCCCAUGACUCAGUGCCGGGGAUUUAACCUCAAAGCUUAUCGAAACGCAGCUGAAGUCAUUCAAUACGGAGUCAAAAACAACACCACUUUCCUUGAGUGUACACCUAAAUCUCCCCAGGCUUCUAUCAAAUGGCUUUUCCAAAAGGACAACGACCGAAGGAAAGAGGUGAAACUCGGUGAACGAAUCCUAGCGACACAGCAAGGGCUUCUAAUCCGUUCGGUGCAGGAAGCUGACCGUGGGACGUACCACUGCAUCGCCACGGAAAAUGGCUUCAAGCAAACCAUAGCCAAGGUGAACUUCAAGGUUUUGGAUUCAGACACCGUGGCCUUCAUGACGGACAAGUGGUCUCCGUGGACCUGGGCCAGUUCGCUCCACGCUUUGCAGUUCCACCCCAAGGACUUGGCUGGAUCAUUCAGCCAUUCCGAACUUCAGAUGAUUAAUCAAUACUGCAAGGACACGCGGCAAUUGGGUCAACAGGCUGAUGGUUCCUCAAAGAUGAGAGGGGACUACAAUAAACUAAAGGCUCUUCUCAACAGCCGGAAAAGCAGGAACCGUAGGAACCAGUGGCCCGGAUCGUAAGGGCCAAGCUCUAUCCAUAAACUUCUUCUUCAUCACCACUGCCAUUUUGUACCCUCACUCAAGGAAUUCAUUUUUAACCAGGUGGUUUUCUUUCUCCGCUGAGAGUAGAGCGAAAGAGUAACCAAGCCCGCUCGACAAAAGUUCAGGACCCUCAAGCUGAAAUCAGACAACUAAGACCAAGUCCAAAGAGAUGUCCACCUUGAAGUAAACCUAUUGAUCCCUCCUUGCUUUCGCUCUCUAAACCUUCAGAGAGGGCAUUGUGCCAUGUUUUGAGGUCAUCUUUGUUGUCCUGAUGACGAAGCACUGAACGUCCAGCUUGGAGUCAUGGAAGGUCGGAAGGAAAGAGUGGGUUAGGACAAAGAGUGACUUGGAGUGGUCUCCAUCUACAUGUAUGGUUUUGUGCGUGUCUAUGUGUGAUUCUCUGUUUACGGUACGUUGCGUUGAGAAACGAGCUCUUGUGGAUGCACAAAUUCAAUUCCAAAGUCAAUUUCCCAAUAUUAAUGUCACAGGAGGAUCAUGCCGAUUAGGAAUUACGGGGUUGUGAGUGAAUACAUCACAGUUUAAAAGAGCCUCAGACCGGGGAAGGCUAAACUCACCCCUGUUGUGGCAUGUACCGUGUUCGGUUAGCUGAGAUAAAAAAAAAAUAUUGCAUUUCCAUUGUGUAUUUGUAUAAAAUGGAUCCUAAAAAACAAUGCAAACAUGUACCGUUUCCCCCAAAAUAAGACAUCCCCUGAUAAUAAGCCCAAUUGGGCUUUUGAGCGCAUGGCAAUAAGGCCAAGCGCUUAUUUCAGGGUUCAAAAAAAAUAUAAGACAGGGUCUUAUUUUCGGGGAAACAUGGUAGUACAUAUAGUUCUCGACUUACAACAGUUCAUUUGAUGACCAUUCACAGUUACUGUUUUUCACAGUUAUGACCUUUGCAGCAAUAUAAUUAUAAUUAUCAAAAUUCAGAUACUUGGCAACUGGUUCCUACUUAUGACGGUCACAGCGUCCCGGGGUCACAUAAUCCCUUUUUGCGACCUUCUGACGAGCAAAGUCAAUGGGAAAAACCAGAUUCAUUUAACAACCGGGUUGCUAACUUAUCCACUUCAGGGAUUCACUUAACAACUGCGGCAAGAAAAGUCAUAAAAUGGGGAAAAGCUCACUUAACAAACGUCUCACUUAAGAGCGUCAAUUGUGGGCUCCGUUGCUGUUGUAAGUCGAGGACUUACCUGUAUUAAACCUGGGUUUGAUCAAGUGAAGGAGAAAAGUAGCACGAGGGUAAAUAUUUGCUGGAAGUUACAAUAAUUUAUUUUACGAAACAUCUCACCCGUAAUACAAUAGUACACACAGAACCCACAAUACAUAGAGUUACCUGUAUGUUGAUAGACUUGACAGCAGUAAUUUGAUCUAAUUAGGAAUUUGAAAAUUGUCUUAAACUGAACCUGAAAAAAAGUUAAUGAAAUACCCACUUGCAACCCUCAUGAGAUACACAGUGUAGCCUGCAUAAUGAUGGGAAAGCUAUCACAAGAGUACUCAUAUGUAUCCAGACAAAUACAGAUGGCUGCAUGCCAUUAUAUUGAUAGCAUUGGCUGACAUCCUGUGUAGUGAUAUAAUCCAUUCGGGACAUAUGUUCAGAGGUAGGGAGGGAUCACAUAUUGUAACAACCAGUUCACCCAGAACCGAAAAUGUGAGUGCGCUUGCGGCAUCGGAAAAACAGCGAUUAUAUAGGACGGGAUAGUGCCAGGGUGGGUGGGCUGGCCCAGCCGCUGCUUGGAACUACCGGUUUGCCCGAACUGGUCUGAACCGGUUAGCAGCCCACUUCUGCAUAUGUUCAUAACACAUGAAUGAAUAAAACAUAGUCCUGCAUGAGGUCUUCUCCAUUCACUUUGUUUCUAUAGCUCGCACUGGGAAGGCAAGCAAUAGAAAGGACAUUCAUCUCAAUAUGUUUUGGAAUCUUCUGCUUGUUCAGGAAUCAGAGGUGGGAUUCAGCCAGUUUGGACCGAUUCGGGUGAACCAGAUGAUUCGCCCGAACCGGUUGUUACAAGGACUGGCUGACCCUGCAUCCCGCCCCGCAUAGUCUCCAUGCGGCCUAUUUUGGAUGCCAGAUAACUGCAAGGCGUGCAUGGAGGCUCUGGGAGGACAAAAAAUGGGACUACUGGAAGUCCAGAAAUGGGCACAUUUCUGGCGUCUGGAGGGCCUCUGGUGGGCCUGGGGGAGGCUGUUUUCGCCCUCCUGUAGGCUCCAGGAAAGCCUCCAGAGCCUGGGGAGGGUGAAAAAUGGGCCUACCAAAAGUACCGGAAGUCCAGAAAUGGGCCCAUUUCUGGCCUCCCGAGGGCCUCUGGAGGCUGGGGGAAGCCAUUUUCUCCCUCCUGGAGGCUCGAGGAAAGCCUCCGGAGCCUGGGGAGGCCAAAAACGCCCCUCCCCCCAGCCAUGGUGCAGGAGGCUGAGUAGGCCACGCCCCCAUGGCCACACCCACCCCUGAAUGUCGUGGUAGAUCCCAAGCGAAGUAUCCAAUUUUCCACGCUCCAUGGGAGAUGGCCAAGAGUGAAAAUCAAGGGGAAAAACACACGGAAGCAUAGUUGGCACCUAUAUCACCAGUUCCCUCCAAUUUUUGAUCAAACGUUGAUAGCGACAAAAAAUCUGUACUUUUCAACUCUAAUCUUUUUCUGAUUUAGCCAAAUGUUGAGUUUAAUUAAAGUCAGCUUGUGACGUCUUUUGAAGACCACGUAACAAUAGGGCUACUUCAAUUAAUACAUGCCUUUGAUCCGUUUUCGACCUAAUUUGUGUGUACAACGUUCCUUAUUUAUGGGUUUUUGACUUUUUAAUAGGAGAAUUGCAUUGCAGAAUUCAAGGAAGUACAAAUGACGAUGGUGACCUCAUAAGGCAGAAUAUUCACUGGAGAGAAGCGUGAGUCGAAUAGGAAGAGUGGUGCAGUGGCCUAGAGGUGGAGCUCUCGCCUCACAAGCAGGAGGCUGUGAGUUCGAUCCUAGGUGGAGGCAGAUGUUUCUCUCACACUGAGAAUAUAUCUGCUGAACGAAACUCCGUACUGGCAACAGGAAGCACAUCCGGCCAUUAAAACUCUCGGCUAGCUCCAUUCAGUUGCCCAGACUUCACUCCGCAAGGGAUGAUGGGGGAUGAUGGUGAAGCAUGAGUCAAAUAGGAAUGCUUUUUUUUUUUUAAUUAAAAAAAGUCAAUUAAGCCACUGAUUCCUUAUCUCUACUCUGGUCUGAAAAGUUCAGAGUCAACCAGUUUCCCCCUGAGGCUCACUCAAGAAACAGUUAUGCCAAGCAGCCUCUGAUAUCUCUUUGGUCAUGUGUGAAUUGUUACCUAGGCCAUGUGGCUUUUUCAAGAACAUUUCAUGUAAACUGAGAAGCACCAAGCAAAUCUGUGGUGGUGGAUCCUACUCUGGGACAGUGUCUGCUUUCUCCAGGACAUUUCCCAAACAGAUGUUCCAAUUCCCACACAAAUAACUCCCAGUUCUCAUAUGUACUGCAGAACCAAUUUUGCAAUUUGCAUUAAUAGGCAUACAUCCAAGAUGAAUGCUGGCGUGCUCUUUCUUAAAACAUACGAAGAACAGUUGCAGGAACUGGGUAUGUCUAGUUUAAUGAAAAGAAGGACUAGGGCUGACAUGAGAGCAGUGUCCCAAUAUCUCAGGGGCUGCCGCAAAGAAGAGGGAGUCAACCUAUUCUCCAAAGCACUUGAGGGUAGGUGCAAUGGGUGGAAAAAAUCAAGGAGAGAAGAAGCAAUGGGUGGAAACUAAUCAAGGAGAGAAGCAAUCUAGAACUAAGGAGAAAUUUCCUGACAAUUAGAACAAUUAAUCAGUGGAACAACCUGCCUCCAGAAGUUGUGAAUGCUCCAACACUGGAGGUUUUUAAGAAGAUGUUGGAGAACCAUUUGUCUGAAGUGGUGUAGGGUUUCCUGCCUAAGCAGGGGGUUGGACUAGAAGACCUCCAAGGUCCCUUCCAACUCUGUCAUUCUAUUCUUAACACGCUCCACCUCAUUUCUCCUAACGUCGCAGUUUCAACCUCUGUUAAAAUCAGUCCCGUUGUAAGCAUAUAAGUCUACUCUGCCUUCAUUUUUAACCUUUCUUGCAAUGACCUCUAGCUGUGGAAGUUGGUGUUUCUGCUUUUCUAACCCUUUCACCGAUCAUAAAGAAAGGAAUAAAGCUGCCAACUGUUCAUCUGUUCUCUGUCAUACUUCUCCGUGAUGUUUAAUGAAGUGUUGAGACACGACCUCCACACAAAUGUUUGGUAGCGGAGCUCAACACUCAAGCCCAGCUAGAGAUAUUUCUGUGAGCAAAACCAAUACAGAGAACAAACUACAUGGUAGCAUGACGUAUGUAAUAUCAAGGCACAGUAGUCACCCCUCUUCAAAGAUACUCCUAGUCAAUUUUAUUUCAAGUCUGACCUUCAAAAGAGGAAGAUUGAUCUCCAAGUGGAAUCCGUAAUCACUCUCAAGUUCCUCUUGGCUGAUCCUAGAAUUGGAAGUCAUGCUGGAAGUGAAUGAAAGAUCUGGAAUUUCUGAUAAGGGUGUUUAGGGGAGUUCUUUCGGACAAAUUUAGCUCUACUAAAACCCAACUCAAGAUUAAUUCUUGGUGGCCUCUUGCGCUGGAUGGUUCCACCAACUUGACACCUUCUGCAUUUGGUUGGGAGGAAGUAUUUAUCAUUUGUGUAAUGUUAGUGUAAUCGAGCUGUUUCCUUCUGAUUUUGCCAGGAUUAGCUUUCACAGUUACUUAACAGAAAAUUGCUUUCCAUAUACCAUAAAUUCUUUCUACCCACCAUGAGAAUAUAAGUAAAGAAGCCAAUAAUUAGGUGUAGUGGGACAAAGAGAGAAUGAAUUACGUUUAGUCUGAGAACAGCCUUCCCCAGAUGUUCUGGCUUUCCACCCCUGUUGGAAUUCUCCCAACAAUCAUCGGGAUGCAAGAACUUCAAUCCGACACGCCUUGUGGCUACUUUUGAGUAAUUUCAAAUUGGCAUUGGCAAGGAGGGUUAUAGAAGAGCUGUCAAAAUGGUGCUUAUGUGGUAUGAGACCCACAUUAAGAAAUCAUGAUACUAAUAUAGCCUACAUGGACUAAAGCUACCUCUUGUGCUCUUAUUUGAUCUUUCCAUAUAAGUUAUUUCUGAACAUGGCAAUUUCCAGCUGUCCUCUCCCUCUCUCUCUCCCUCCCUCCUUCCCUCCCUCUCUCUCUCUCUCUCCUAUCUAUCUAUCUAUCUAUCUAUCUAUCUAUCUAUCUAUCUAUCUAUCUCUAGCUAGCUAGCUAGCUAGCUAGCUAGCUUAUAUCUAUUAACUGUCCAUCUAUUCAUCUAUCUAUCAUCUAUUAUUAUUUAUCUUCAUCUAUUAUCUAUCACCUGUCUAUCAUCUAUCAUCUGUCUAUCAUCUGUCUGUCUCUGUCUGUCUGUCUGUCUCUAUCUAUACCAUCUAUCUAUCUAUAUCAUCUAUCCAGUGGUGGGUUUCCAAUUUUUUUACUACCAGUUCUGUGGGUGUGGCUUGGUGGGCGUGGCAUGGCUUGGUGGGUGUGGCAGGGGAAGGAUACUGUAAAAUCUCCAUUCCCUCCCCACUCCAGGGGAAGGAUACUGUAAAAUCUCCAUUCCCACCCCAUUCCAGGGGAAGGAUACUGCAAAAUCCCCAUUUCCUCCCGAUCAGCUGGGACUCGGGAGGCAGAGAAUAGAUGGGGGUGAGGCCAGUCAGAAUUUUUACUAACGGUUCUCCAAACUACUCCAAAUUUCCACUACCGGUUCUCCAGAACUGGUCAGAACCUGCUGAAACCCACCUCUGCAUCUAUCUAUCUAUCUAUUGAUCGAUCAAUCUACCAUCUAUCUACUAUUUAUCUACCAUCUAUCUAUCUAUCUAUCUAUCUAUCUAUCUAUCUAUCUAUCCAUCCUCUAGCUAUCAUCUCUAGCUAUCUCUAGCUAUCAUCAUCUAUCUCUUUCUUUUCACUCACCAUCCUCUAAAUCACGAAAAUGAAUCAAUCCCAGCCUCAGCUUUGAGCUUACUAAGAGUGGGUACCCACAGUUUGGAGGGAAAAAUCUCUAUGGCUAGAUCUGACCACUUCCCCAGUCAAACAUUAAGAGAAAGAAAUGCACUGAUGCCAGAUAUUAAUAUCUAGACCCUUUAAAAAUGAAAGCUGGAAUUGUUUUCUUUAAAAAAUAUUCUGGAAUUGGAAAUGAGUAGAGUGAUUGAUAGAAGAUGGAAUAAACUAGUAUUCUCGAAUUUGGACCCAAUCUCCAAGUUCACUGUUCCAUCUGCCCAGGUUUCCAUGUGUGGUGUUCUCCAUAUAUACAUAUACAUAUUAAUUUGAUUUAUAUGCCGCCCUUCUCCGGAGACUCAGGGCGGCUUACAAUGUCCUAAGCAAUAGCCUUCAUCCUUUUGUAUAUUUAUACAAAGUCAGCUUAUUGCCCCCACAAACUGGGUCCUCAUUUCACCUACCUUUGAAAGGAUGGAAGGCUGAGUCAACCUUGAGCCUGGCGAGAUUCGAACCCUGCAGUAAUUGCAGGCAGCUGGUCUUAAUAACAGGGUGCUUUAGACCACUGUACUACCAAGGCUCCUUUUAUAUAUAUAUAUUGGUCUUCAGUUCCAUUAACUCCAACCAGCAGGUUCUCCAACUAGAACGAUGGGCAACAUCUGGAGAACUUCAUUUUGUCAAAACCCAGAAUUCGUUAAAAAUUCUGCCCAUUUAAAAAAAACCAUCCUCAUCCUGAUACCCCAAAGAUUUAUGUUUAUAAUACUGGCUGUUGUGUUUGUUUGUAUUUAAUACCUUCCUAUUUUGAGGAUACCGAAAUAAUGUAUAUAAUUCUUUUUUAAAAAAAAAUAAUAAUAAUAAUAAUGAAGAAACAUCUUUUAGACCUGAAUUUGCCAAAUGUAAAGAUGCUCAACACACUCUCUCUAUAUUUUUCCAUCCAUGUGUACUAAAUCUGUUUUGUGACCGCUUUUUUGACAUUUGUAAAGUUGGAUGAAUUUUUCUUCAACAAUGCUUUUCUUUGUGAUUGUCAGUCCUGUAGAUACAUGUAUUUCAUUGUUUUUUGUUUUUUUUUUAAAUCAUCUCUCUUAUGCCAGAUAUGAAUGUGUAUAGGUUUAGCAUGAUGAAGCCCAUGAAGGUGAAUAUGUGGUAGAUUUUGAAUUAAAAAUAAAAUAACAACACCGUAGUAUUUAAUUGGAUACCCCAACUAUUAUUUGCCUGAAAAAAAUAAAUAAAGGGUAUUGAAACCAUUUUCUCAUUUUA